GCGGCCCUAAAUAAUAAUAACAAUAAUAAUAAUAAAUAUAACAAUCCCAUGGAUGAGUUUUCAUAUGUUACUGUUAUUUUCUCUUCCUGAAAUUAUUACCUGCCCAUGUUUGACAAGCUAUUAGUCUUCUUCAGGAUUCAGUUUUCAUCUCCACUCCUGGGCUGUGCUAUAUUACCCCCAAAGUAGAAAAAAUUACAUCUUUAGCAUGCCAGCAGUACAGGGGCAUCAGAAUUUAUGGGAGAGUUAACUUGAUUUUUCCCAAAAAAGCAUAGUAGUAGUUGUGAGGAAAACCAGAAAUUUGUUCUCCCUGAACUUAUUUUAAAUUUUAGUUCAUUUUUAAUUGCUUGGCUGCCCAUGGUGAGUCUUCCAUGCCCCUCAAUUGUCAGGAACUCUCCUUUGUUUCCAUCUCCUUAACUGUUGUCACCUACCAAUUGGUCUGAAUUCUCAGAAAAAGCCGAUGUCAUGAAAAACAAACUAAAAAGUUAGAGGCGGAGUGAGGGGGCGGCUACUGUGGAUUAAAAGAGACAAGAUAGAGUAGAAUCCUAGUGAGAAAUUUGAUUGGAUCUUAAAACAAAUAAAGGUAUAAAAUAAAUUUGGGGGGAACAAAAGAACUUUUAAAUAUAAAUGUGUGUUAGGUGAAUAUUAUUGAACUAAUGCUUAUUUUUUUAGGUGUAUUAAUGGUGUUACCUUUGUGUCAGAGGAUGUCCUUAUUCUUAGGUAAUACAUGCUGAGAUACUCCUGCUGUUUUCAAUUUACUUUCAAGUGACCCUGACAAUAAAAGUGCUAUGCACUCCAAAGGACAGAACGGGGAGGGAAGAAUAAAUCUGUCAACUUGUUGACACUUAUGAAUACAGGCGAUGGCCAUUAUUCUUUUGACAUUUUGUUAAGUUUGAAACUUACAAAGAUCACGUGUGGAAGAAGUCUGUCUUUCCCACGAGAGUAACAUGGUUAGGUUGGGGCCAUUGUUGUGCCAGGAGCUUUUUAGCAGCUCAAUAAUUUCAACUGCCCCAAAAUAAGUUACAAUCGGAAUGCUUUUAGUCAGUCCCUCUUCCUCCUUCACUCUUUUGGUGGAUUCCUCCUCGAGGCAAAACGACCUGAGAGAGGCUUCUGUCCCUCUGCGCUCUCCGUAGGUAACUGAGCUUUCAUUGGCUGGGCGUGCAGACGGCUUACUGCUGUGUGACUGCAUUUCAUUUCCCGGAGGAGCGUGCGUUCGCUGAAGCAGGUCGUUGUAACCAGGUUAUUAGGGCGAAUGGCUCAGAAACCGCUGCGCCUCUUGGCUUGUGGCGAUGUUGAAGGAAAGUUUGAUAUUUUAUUCAAUAGAGUUCGAGCAAUUCAAAAGAAAAGUGGAAACUUUGAUCUGCUGUUGUGUGUAGGAAAUUUCUUUGGUUCCACUCCAGAUACUGAAUGGGAGGAGUAUAAAACUGGCGUCAAGAAAGCUCCUAUUCAGACAUAUGUGCUGGGUGCCAAUAACCAGGAAACAGUAAAAUAUUUCCAAGAUGUUGAUGGGUGUGAAUUAGCUGAAAACAUUACUUAUCUGGGUCGUAAAGGAAUCUUCACUGGAAGCUCGGGGCUGCAGAUUGUGUACCUCAGUGGGACAGAGUCCUUAAAUGAGCCUGUCCCAGGUUACAGUUUUAGUCCCAAGGAUGUGUCUUCCCUGAGAAUGAUGCUGUGUUCAACACCCCAGUUUAAGGGUGUUGAUAUCUUGCUCACAUCCCCAUGGCCCAAGUAUGUGGGGAACUUUGGGAAUUCUUCUGUGAGUAGUGUUUGUUCAGUUGGAAUUCCUAAAAGCAAAUUUCAGUGGCUUAAUAUGAACUUUUUCUUGCUCUUUAUAUGAGUAUUUCAGCUCUUAGUUCCUUUCAGUAGAAAUGUUUUUUUUACUGUAUUUUUUCUGGCUAAAGCCUUAGCUAACCAAAGCAAAAGUUGAUCUUAUGAAAGCAUGAUUCACAAAUAAGAUUGAUGAAGUCUUUUUUGCUUUUUAGGUCCACAUUUGUGGCAUAUGGAAGUUCCCAGGCUAGUGGUUGAAUCUGAGCUACAGCUGCUGGCCUGCGCCACAGCCACAGCAGUGCUAGAUCCCAGCCACAUCUGUGACCUACACUGCAGCUUGUGGCAGUGCCAGAUCCUUAACUCACUGAGUGAGGCCGGGGAUUGAAUGCAUAUCCUCAUGGAUACUAGUUGGGUUGAUUUCCAAAGCCACAACAGGAACUCCAAGAUUGGUGAAGUCUUAAUUAUAAAUGAAUAUUUUUUAAAAAUUACCCUUUCUUAAGCUUCUUAAUAUUUUUUGAGGGGUCACUAACUUUCAGUGAAAAGAUUUAUAGCUAGUGGCAGCUCCGUGGUUUUAUUUCCCCCUUUUUAUUCCAGAUUAUAUCUUUUUGGCCAUCAAAAUAUUUUAAAAGAGGAAAUCAUGGGAUUGAAGGUAGUCAUCUAAAGUUGGGAAACAGAGUUCCUGUUGUGGCUCAGCGGUAGUGAACCCGACUAGUAACCAUGAGGAUGUGGGUUCGAUUCCUGGCCUUGCUCAGUGGGUUAAGGAUCUGGUGUUGCUAUGAGGUGUAGGUUGGCAGUUGCAGCUGCGAGGUAGCAGAUGCAGCUCGGAUCCUGUGUUUCUCUGCCUGUGGCAUAGGCCUGCAGGUGCAGCUCCAAUUCCACCCCUAACCUGGAAACUUCCAUAUGCCACACGUGUGGCCCUAAAAAGCAAAAAAAAAAAAAGUUAGGAAACACUAUUUUGAAAACUUAGUACUUCUCUAAUGGGAAAGAUUUAAUGUUGGAAUGUGUUGGAGCAUACCAUUGCAUUUGAUAUAAAUAUUUUUAUAAGCAAUGUAGAAGAGCUUGUACCCCAGGUUGGUGAGUGACAGCUAUCAUGGGGAGCUACUUUUAUGGAAGUAGCCUAAGGAAGGCCUUGAAAAGUUGUAUGUGAGGGCAGAAGGCAUCAGCUGAGCUUCCUUGAAGGAAAAUGCAAGGAUCCAUUUAGGGACAAAUUUCAAUUCCUAGAUGCAGAGUAGUCAGUGAUGAUCCAGAAAAGGGCCUUGUAGACCACUCUGUACCAACUUUAGCACAAUGUGUCCAUGAUCGGAAAGGCCAACAAAAUACUCGGCAUUGUCAAGAUAUUGAAAGGAGAAGGGAAAAUGGUCUCUUUCCUUUCUGCAAACCCAUGGUUAUUCUUCCAUUAGAAUACAAGAGGCAUGCUGGGUGCAGCACAGAGAAGAUAGAGCAAAACUCAGAAAGAUCCAGAGAAAGUCUACCUUAGUGAUGAUGGAAGGGAAAGAGACUUGUGAUAUUCUGUAAGGAAGAAUAAAAAGAAGGAGGCUCUUUCAUUAUGGGGGUGCUAGAAAAGUUAACCAUUUUUGACUAAAGUUGAUUUUGAUGAAAAUUUAUAAGUAAUCAUAUAAGAUAUUUAUAGAGGAGAAAACAACAUAGUUCACUAGUCUCUAUUACUACACUUAACCUCAAAGCCAAAUCCCCACUCCUCAGCAGAAACUGGAGGAGGUGAGCUUAAGACAAAAGGAAGUUUUUGCUUUACGUAAUGAAAAAUUAACUUUGGUAAUUUCUUUAUUUCCAGCCAGUAUCUCUUAGAGUGAAGUUCAUAAAUAAUGUUAUGGAUGAGAGAUCACAUAAUUUGUUGUUAAUGGAAGCUAGGCAUGUUCUGGGAACAAGCCUAAAUUUUCACAAACUUUAUGUUACAAACUUUGUAAUAAGAGCAUGGUUAUGUCCUUCCACAAACCACACCUUCCUUGACUGAAGCAAAAUAAAGGAUUAUACGCUUAUAUAAUGAAGUUCUUGAAUAUUCUAUGCCGAAUACGCUAUAGGUCCUAGGGACCCUGAAAGCUCGCUUUUAAUUUUGAUUUUCUGCAAUGACUGUGACUGUAUCAUCAAAACACAGGAGCACAACAAAGCAAAUUAUGGAAGCACCAUCUGGGCUCCAGAGAGAGAGCACUUACUUUUCAAAAAAAGAUUUUAAUAAACCUUGUUUUGCGUCUUAGUAUGGAAGAGUUAUCUUCCCUUUUAACCUCUGAUUUCCACCAAUUCCUAUUUCUGCAUUCACAUUAGCCCAGUUCCCUAUAUUGUUUGAGAUUUCUCUGAGGGCCAGAAGUAUGGAUUUCAUGAUGCGAAUCCCACUUCCCACAUUGUAGCCUCGUAAAGAUUCCAAAGACAUAUCACUGUGUCUUACUUCUCUGCAUUUCUUGAUAACUCCUAGGUCUGUUAUGAUGACUGAGUUUCCCUUUACUAGGGAGAAGUGGAUACCAAAAAAUGUGGCUCUGCUUUGAUCUCCAGUCUUGCCGCAGGCUUAAAACCCAGAUAUCAUUUUGCUGCUUUGGAAAAGACCUAUUAUGAGAGGCUUCCAUAUCGUAUCUUUAUGCAUUCAGUAUUGUUCCCAUGAAACUAAUGGAUGCAGCAGAACUGGUAAAACAGCCUCCAGAUGUCACUGAAAACCCUUACAGAAAAUCUGGGAAAGAAGCAUCUAUAGGAAAGCAAAUUCCUGCCCCUGAGGAAGAAUCAGCCUGUCAAUUUUUCUUUGAUUUAAAUGAAAAGCAGGGAAGGAAGCGUUCAUCUACAGGCAGAGAUACUAAGUCUUCUCCUCACCCGAAGCAGCCACGCAAACCUCCUCAGCCUCCAGGACCCUGCUGGUUUUGCCUUGCCAGCCCUGAAGUGGAAAAGCAUUUGGUGGUCAACAUUGGCACACAUUGCUACCUUGCCCUGGCCAAAGGAGGCCUGUCUGAUGACCAUGUCCUCAUUCUGCCCAUUGGACACUACCAGUCAGUGGUGGAGCUUUCAGCAGAGGUGGUGGAAGAGGUGGAGAAGUAUAAGGCUACACUGAGACGGUUCUUCAAGAGUCGAGGCAAACGGUGUGUUCUAUUUGAGAGAAAUUAUAAGAGCCAUCACCUCCAGCUGCAGGUCAUUCCUGUGCCACUUAGCCGCUGCGCUACUGAUGACAUUAAAGAUGCCUUCAUUACUCAGGCACAGGAGCAGCAGAUAGAGCUGUUGGAAAUCCCAGAGCACUCUGAUAUCAAGCAGAUUGCACAGCCAGGAGCAGCAUAUUUUUAUGUUGAACUUGACACAGGAGAGAAACUUUUCCACAGAAUUAAAAAGAAUUUUCCUUUGCAAUUUGGAAGAGAGGUCCUGGCCAGUGAAGCCAUCCUUAAUAUUCCUGACAAGUCUGACUGGAGGCAGUGUCAGAUCAGCAAGGAAGAGGAAGAGACCCUGGCUCGCCGCUUCCGGAAAGACUUUGAGCCUUUUGAUUUCACUCUGGAUGACUGAGCAAAGAGAAAAGCACUUUAUGAACUUCACAGGAA